AUGCAGCGUGCUCUCUCCUCGCGGGCGCGGGCCUCGGUCCUGUCCUCUGCUGCUGCCACCAAGUAUCGGGCCGGCGCGGGUCUUUCGCAACAGGUUCGGUUUGCGCACAAGGAACUGAAGUUUGGUGUCGAAGGCCGAGCUUCGCUACUGGCCGGUGUCGAGACCCUCGCCAAAGCCGUGGCCACAACGCUCGGUCCCAAAGGCCGAAAUGUACUGAUUGAGUCAAGCUACGGCUCUCCCAAGAUUACCAAGGAUGGUGUCACUGUCGCCAAAGCUAUCAGCUUGCAGGACAAAUUCGAAAAUCUUGGUGCACGGUUACUCCAAGAUGUCGCCUCUAAGACGAACGAAUCCGCUGGUGACGGAACGACGAGCGCAACCGUGCUAGCUCGUGCUAUCUUUUCGGAAACCGUCAAGAACGUUGCUGCCGGGUGCAACCCCAUGGACCUGCGACGUGGCACCCAAGCCGCUGUGGACGCUGUUGUGGAAUACCUUCAGAAGAACAAGCGGGAUAUCACCACGUCCGAAGAGGUCGCCCAGGUCGCCACUAUUAGUGCCAACGGAGAUACUCAUAUCGGCAAGUUGAUUGCCAAUGCUAUGGAGAAAGUCGGCAAGGAGGGCGUCAUUACCGUCAAGGAGGGCAAGACGAUGAACGACGAGCUAGAGGUGACGGAAGGUAUGCGAUUCGACCGCGGCUACGUGUCGCCCUACUUCAUCACCGACGCCAAGUCGCAGAAGGUCGAAUUCGAGAAGCCCCUCAUCCUGCUUUCCGAGAAGAAGAUCUCCGCCGUGCAGGAUAUCAUCCCUGCUCUAGAAGCUUCGACCCAGCUGCGAAGGCCUCUCGUCAUUGUCGCCGAGGAUAUCGACGGCGAAGCUCUGGCUGUUUGCAUCCUCAACAAGCUCCGGGGCCAACUCCAGGUUGCCGCCGUCAAGGCACCCGGCUUCGGUGACAAUCGGAAGUCGAUACUCGGCGAUAUCGCCGUCCUCACCAACGGCACCGUCUUCACCGAUGAACUUGACAUCAAGCUGGAGAAGGCUACCCCUGAUAUGCUAGGUUCAACUGGCUCCAUUACCAUCACCAAGGAGGAUACCAUCAUCCUCAACGGGGAAGGCAGCAAGGACUCGAUCGCUCAGCGAUGUGAACAGAUUCGCGGCGUUAUGGCCGACCCUACCACAUCUGAAUACGAGAAAGAGAAGCUACAAGAACGUCUUGCCAAGCUCUCUGGUGGUGUUGCGGUCAUCAGGGUUGGCGGCUCGUCCGAGGUUGAGGUCAGCGAGAAGAAGGACCGCUUUGUCGACGCUCUGAACGCCACGCGCGCUGCUGUCGAGGAGGGUAUCCUGCCUGGCGGCGGUACUGCUCUGCUCAAGGCUGCUAGCAACGCCCUGGGAGACGUGAAGUCGGCCAACUUCGAUCAGCAACUCGGUGUUAGCAUCAUCAAGAACGCCAUUACCCGACCGGCCCGGACGAUCGUAGAGAACGCUGGCCUGGAAGGGUCUGUGGUUGUCGGCAAGCUGAUGGACGAGUUCGGCAAGGAUUUCAACAAGGGCUUCGAUAGCUCCAAGGGAGAGUACGUGGACAUGAUCCAGGCCGGCAUCCUUGACCCGCUCAAGGUUGUGCGAACCGGGCUCGUCGACGCCAGCGGCGUCGCGUCUCUGCUCGGCACCACGGAGGUUGCCAUCGUCGAGGCGCCCGAAGACAAGGAGCCUGGUGGUGGUGGUGGCAUGGGCGGCGGCAUGGGCGGCAUGGGCGGCAUGGGGGGGAUGAUGUAA